CCUCCGUCUUACCUCUGAAAUUUUCACUUGCCUUCUUCUUCUUCCUCUUCUUGUUUGGCUGCUGCUCCUUGCUCCUGCUCUGCUGCAACUCUUUUUUUCCACAUAUAGAAAAUCAAGAAAUCUGCCAUAAAAGAAAGACAGAAAGUUAAUUGAUUUUUAUUCAACUGAUAAUUAAAUUAAAAUGGAAGAUGAUACAUGGAGCUAUGGUCUCUCCACUUCUUCUUCAAGAAGCUAUCAAUCUGCUCUCAAGUCUCUUUCUGAUCUUUGUAUUGAUUUUGAAGAUAUAGAAGAAGAAGAUGAUGAUUUACGGACGGAGUAUCCGUGUCCUUAUUGUACAGAUGAUUUUGAUUUAGUUGAAUUGUGCUUCCAUAUCGAUGAAGAGCAUUAUUUAGAAGCCAAGUCAGGGGUAUGCCCUGUUUGUUUCACCAAGGUGGGGGUGGAUAUGGUUGAUCACAUAACAACAGAACAUCGAACCAUUUACAAGAGUUUGCAAAAAUUGAAACUUGGGAGAGGAGAAUCACACUCAAAUUAUUCUUUUCUGAAGAAGGAGUUAGAGGAUGGGUAUUUGCCAUCAUUACUUAGCGGAUCAUCCUCGGUGGUUUCUUCCUCCAACUUGGCACCUGAUCCAUUAUUGUCAUUUCUUUGCAAUGUAUCCCCUGCUGAGAAGUAUGAUAGUGUACAGCCUAGUUGUUCAAGUAAAGCAACCAUAGAAGAGAAAAGUUCAGAUGAGGAACUGUUGGAAAGGAGUGAUCACAUAUCACCUUUGUCGGAUGAGGAACACAUGGAGAAGGCAAAGAGAAGUGAGUUCGUACAGGGACUGUUAUUGUCCACCAUAUUCGAUGAUGGCCUAUGAUGAAACAUGAUAUAAGCGUUGUUGAUGUCAACUUGAGAUUAUAACAAAACAAGUCUAUUUUCAGUGCUGUCUAUGUUGAAUAUACCUUGACCAAGAGAGCUAGAUUAGAUGCAGCACUGAAUUGUAUCCCACAGUUGUAUGGAAUCUGUAAGGCCAGAUCGGAGCCAGAAUUUUAUGUACUUUAAUUUUCAAAGCUCUUUGUGCUUAAUUGAAAUUUAGGGUUAUUCUUCUAGCAACGUUUCAAAUU